CAUCUAGAGUUGCACUGGAGUCAGCAGCAGCAGGAUAUGAGAAAGAGGCAAACGACUUUGGAUUGCAGUUGAGUGUGGAGAAGACAAACGGAAUGGCUGUUAGUCAAGAGGUUGAUGUGACACCAGUGCAAGUGAAGGGUGGCAGUCUGGAUAUUGUAGAUCACUUCUCGUACCUUGGUUCUUACAUCUCCAGUGAUGGAGAAAUCAUGGUAGAAAUAGACUGUAGGAUUACUAAAGCAUCUCAAGCCUUCGGAUGCUUGCGGAGACCCAUAUUCCAAAAUAGAAACCUUUCUGUAGCAACAAAGAGACAAGUCUAUCGAGUGGUAGUAUUGUCAGUCCUGCUAUAUGGGGCAGAGACCUGGACACUGAAGGCCCCACAAGUAAAACGCUCGAACUCAUUCCAUAAUCGUUGUGUGAGAACUAUCUUAGGCAUAACAAGAUACCAGCAGUGGAUUGAGAGAAUAUUAAUUAACUUAACCAGGUGUUUGGCAUCAACAUUUGGCAUGCAGGAAAUCAUAUCUGACCUCAUUAUGGAACAGCACCGCAAAUGGCUCGGACAUGUGGGUCGUACGGAUGAAGAGAUCGAGACUGCCAAAGAGAAUGCUAUUUGGAGAGUUGAGGUAAAGAGACCAUGUCAUGGAAUGAAAAAAGGUGGAGAGAUGUUGCUAAAUCAAAUAUGGAAGCAAUUGGUGUGGGAGAUAGGUGGUAUGAGUUGUGCCAAGACAGGAGAGACUGGUUCAAGCUUUGUUGUGAAGGUAUAGAAAGAGUGUCGGAGACCAGUAAGAGAAAUGAAGGUCCAGCCAAUAACCAGUCUCAAACAAGAAAAUUUCAAUGUACUUGUGGGAGAAGCUUUCGUAGACAAGGAGACCUAACUAGACA